CCUCCCUCUUGAUCUCCUUGUGCGCCGAACCGGGUAGGAGAGGGAGACGACAAGAAGAAAUGGAGCUCGUCCCUUACUCCUCCUCUGAUCCACAACCUCACGCUAAUCUGCCUUGGUCGGAGAUGUUCCGCUCCGCCUCCCUCCGCCGCCCGCCCGACGAGCAAUUCCCCUCUCGUCCGCCUUCCCCUCCCUCCUCGCGCCGCGUCCCCCAAUCUGCGUCCUUGCAACCCCAACAGCCUCCGCCGUCGCCUCCGGCGACCGAUUCCCACGCCGCCGCUCGACUCGCUCUCUACAUCGCUAUGGCCCACGCUGGCCUUGCUUUCUCCCUCCUCCUACUCUAUGGAAUCUAUUGUCUCCUUCACGACUUCGUACGUCCCCUCAUGUGGGCGCUUCUCUGCUCCAUCCCCCUUCGUCAACUCCAGAGCGCCGUCGUUGCCUUCUGGUCGCCGCCCAUCCGCCUUGGUCUCGUCUCCACCCUCCUUGCUGUCCCCGCCGCCCUGCUCCGCGCUUCCACAGACACCCUUUCUGAUCUCCGCGCUGCCGUGCUCCGCCGCAAGGUGCGUAACUCCCCCCGGGACGGCUUCUCUAUCCUCGUACGCUGGCUCAUCUCCUUCUGGGUCUUCGUAAUAUCCUACGAGCGACUCGGCCCUGUGGCAACUGCCGCCCUCUUCGCCGUCGGCCUCCUCGUCGUUCCCACUGCUACCUCGGCCGUGAAAAAUUCCAGUUUUGCGGCUGGCCGGUCCAACUCCUCUGGCAACGGAAGAGGUGGAAUUUUCACGACUACCGUCCUGAAGCACCUCAACACCAUCGUCGCCGUUGGUUUAAUCGUGGGGGUGAUCAUCGGCGUCUUGGCCGGCGGCGUCUUCUUCUCCUACAAAAUCGGAGUAGAAGGAAAGGAUGCCGUGAUAUCACUUAAAUCCCACGUACAAAGCAGCAACUACUCCGAGAGGAUUGGAUUCAACAAGUGGAUGGAGGAUAAUGAUAUCCCAGGGCUGAUGGAUCAGUACUCUGCAAAGCUUUAUGACACAGUUUGGCAGCAAAUCGAUAGCUUGGCAAUUCAGUAUAACCUGUCUGAUUUCUCAAAUGGUUUCAGACAUUUCUUUAUCAGCCAGUCGGCGAAUCUUUCAAAUGGCGCUUCAACAUCUUUGGUGGUCUCGCCGCCUCACCCUUACAGUGUAAAGCUACAAUCUUUGAGCGCUCACGUCAAGAAUCGUGAUUGGGGGAAGAUCUACAUUGAAUUGGACUCAUUUUUAAGGGAAUUACUGAUUACUAGAGAGGAUCUGGUGGUGAGAGCAAAAGAAAUUGCUAUACAAGGUGUCAAUAUCUCAAAACAAGUUCUUUCCAGCAGCACAUUGAUGCUUGGUGGGGGUGUCAAUUUUAUGGUCUCCAUUGCGCUGAAGGUGGCAUCAGGUGCUGCAGAAGUAGUUAAUUUUAUUUCUCAGUUGAUGGUUUUCCUAUCAGUAUUGUAUUAUCUGAUUACUUCUGAGUCAGGCGGGGCCACAGAGCAGGUGGUGGAGAUGUUACCAUUGUCAAAACAUGCAAGAUAUCGUUGUGUUGAGGUUAUCAAUCAUGCAAUUAGUAGUGUGUUAUUAGCGACUGCAAAGAUUGCCAUCAUCCAAGCUUGUUUGACAUGGCUGUUGUUAAGAUUCUGCUCAGUUCACUUUGUGUAUACAUCAACUCUGCUUGCAUUUAUUAGCUCAUUGCUGCCAAUGCUGCCCAUUUUUGUUUCAUCACUCCCUGCUGCAGUGCAGCUGUUUGUGGAAGGAAAAUACAUAUGGUCUAUAGGAUUAACUGUGAUUCACCUUACGCUUAUGGAUUUCGGUACUUCUGUAAUUCAAGAGGAUAUACCUGGUUAUAAUGCGUAUCUCACUGGUCUCAGCAUUAUUGGUGGUAUGACAUUGUUCCCUAAUGCUUUGGAGGGCGCCAUUAUGGGUCCACUGCUGAUGACAAUUGUCAUUGCUUUGAAGAACUUGUAUACAGAAUUUGUUCUAGCUGAAAAUAAGGAAAGUGAUGGAGAAUAUAUGGCCACUGCCAAAGGGGAUGGAACUAGUUAGUCUAUCAAGAGAACAUAUGAUAAGUUACUCUCAUAUUGUUAUGACUCUGCAGAUAGAUUAUUUGAUAAACUGGCAGUUCUGUACUCGUCUUCUUUCCAAAUGCACAUGGGUGUUGACAUUUCCCCUAUGAUCAAGUUGGUUGCUUUGACCUUCACUGCUCUGCUUUGCCACCUCUCUGCACAUUCAUCAAACAUGUGUUUUAAUUUAUGAAGUCAGGCCCAGGGUGUCCAACUUCCAUUUAUUUAAGAGUUUUUACCGUUUCAUAGGUUUUGUUUCAGAAAUGUUUGUGAACUGUUCCAGUUGCAGUGAAACAACUUAAAGUGUACUAUUUCAGAGAUCAAAUUUUCAGGUAUUCGUAAAUGGAGCUAGAGAGAUGAUCUAGAUCGAUUGGGAGAUGAAAUGCUUUGAGGCGUGCUAUCUGGAUUUUCUAUAUUGUGGGUUAAUCUUUUCAGCUGGUGUAAUUUGCUAUUUGGUUGUUUAUAGUAGCAACAAGAGGAUAAGGCAACCAGUGUUUCAUAAAGGGCAAGCUUAUGAGUCAUCUUCACCUAUAUUCCAAUUUAUCUUUCAUUAGCUUUGUUGGCCAGCCAGAACCAGCUUUACUGAAUGGUAAAGAUCCUCAUCUCUUAUUAUCUUCAAACUGAUAACUAGGAUCAUAAAUUGAGUUUUUAAUCUUGUCUUGCUGCAUUGAGUUUUUUCCUCGUCCAAAAUCAAGGGAGCAAGUAUUCUGGCGUUGUGGAGAACAAAAGCUUGUGGGUUGAUUUCUCCUAGAUAAAGAGGUUCUUAGUAAUUCUAUUGAAGUCUAGUAUUAUUUUCCUUUUUAGUUCCAUCCUCCAUCAAGCCUUCAUGUUGCUCUGGUUGCAAGGAUGGAGUCCACUAUCGAAUUGAGAGGGAGGUCCCAGUUCCCGUGUCUAAUUAACUUGUGUGUCAGUUAGCAGAGCUGUCAGCUUCAAAAUCCACAUCUGUCACUUUUCUAAAAAUUAAAUCCACAUCUGUCCUCUCACUUGUCAAUUCUAUUCCUCAAAUUUUCUUCUGCGCGUCGAUAAUUAUCUUACGCGCGAGAGAAGGCUAAGAGCUUACAACGCGACUUUAAACGUCGCGUUAUAAUGUUAUUGUGCAUUAACGUCGCGUUGCAAGAUGCUAACGUGGCGUUCAAAA